AUGUCGGUUAUGGGAUGCCCCAUUGGCCGCGAAGCCCAUACGUAUGUUGAGAAACGUGAUGAAAAGCGAAUCUCACGUUCUGAGCGGCGCGUAAGUGAUGUCGUUAAACAAGCCAGGAUUGACUCAAGAGCUGAACAAUCUGCUUUAAAAGAGUUUCAAGAGGAAGAGGAGGGAAUACUCUAUGGAACAGGCAUCGCCGAUUGA